AAAGUUUCAAAAUUGUCACCUACGUUUGUUUUGGGUUAGAAUUUAUUAAUUUAAUAGAGGACGACUUGUACCUAAAUUUGGUGUUAAUAUAUCUUGAAUCUGAUCACUGGCAUAUUGAUGUGAGACGUGACUUUUGAUCCACGGAAAAAAAGACAAUCUCAUGGAAAGUAAUAAUUAAACUUUUGAUCCACGGCAAGACGAAUGAUCUUAGGUUUCUAUAUAUAUACACAUGCAGAGACUAGAGAUCAGUAGAUGCUUAAUGCUUUGCCUUGACAAACAUCCAGAAAAUGAGCUUUCUACUUCGUUCAAUCUGUUUUCUUAUUGUCGUUUCUAAUUUUGUACACACGUUGGCUUCACUUACACGGCAUCUAUGUCGUCCUGAUCAAAGGAAUGCCCUUCUUGAAUUCAAGAGCGAAUUUACGAGAUCAUGUGAUUAUACUACUUCUUUUCCGAAGACAGAAUCAUGGACAAACAAGAGUGACUGCUGUUAUUGGGAUGGUAUCACGUGUGAGGCCAAGUCCGGCGAAGUGAUCGAGCUAGAUCUAAGUUGUAGCUGCUUCCAAGGCCAACUCAAUUUCAAAAGUAGUCUUUUUAAGCUGCAAAAACUUCGUGUCCUCAAUCUUGCUUACAACGAAUUCAGCUCUUCUGUGAUACCGACUCAGUUAGGUACACUCUUGGAGUUAACACGACUCAACCUCUCUAACUCUUGGUUAUCGGGUCGAAUUCCAGCAGAGCUUCUUCAUUUAACCAAGUUGGUGUCUCUUGAUCUUUAUUCCAAUUCUUUAUCAGCUGAAAAGUCAUUUCUUAGCAAACUUGUCCAGAAUUUGACAAACCUCGAAGAGCUUAACCUAGGUCUUGUUGACAUUUCUUCAGAAAUUCCCCAAAAUAUUUCAAAACUAUCCUCUCUCAAAUCACUCUCCCUUAAAUUUUGUGACUUGUUUGGUAAAUUUCCAAGAAAUCUUUUGAUUCCUACUUUACAAUCCAUCGAUUUGUACGGAAAUCAAAAUAUGGAGGGCUCUCUUCCAGAUUUUAGUGGAAAUAACUCUCUUGUCUUGUUGGACCUCUCUUUUACAUCCCUUUCAGGUAACAUACCUGACUCCAUCAACAACCUCAAACAUCUAAAUUCCUUGACACUUUGCAGUUGUGAUUUCUCCGGAAGGAUUCCAUCUUCACUUGGAAACCUUUCUAAUCUAUCCGCUCUCGACCUUUCAAAUAAUCAUUUCUAUGGUCGGAUCCCUUUUUUAGUUGGAAACCUUUUCCAUCUCACCCAUCUGGACCUUUCUUCCAAUAGAUUUGAUGGCCAAAUUCCAUCUUCAUUUGUCAAUCUUAAGCAACUAACUAGCUUAAGGUUUGAUUCCAAUAAGAUUAGUGGUAGUUUCCCCCUUUCACUACUCAAUCUUACAAAGUUAUCAGCUUUAUCCCUCACCAAAAAUCAUUUCAGCGGUAUACUUCCUCCAAACAUAAGUGCACUCUCCAAUUUGAAGACUUUUGAGGCAAGUCACAACACUUUCAGUGGAACUCUCCCUUCUGAUCUCUUCACCAUUCCUUCUUUGACCUUUAUUGAUUUGAGAGAUAAUCAACUCAACGACAUUUUUGAAUUUGGGAAUAGUUCUUCACCAUCUAAACUAGGAAGGUUAUUGCUUGGUCAUAACCAUUUCAGGGGAUCAAUCCCAAUAUCCAUUUCAAAACUAGUCAAUCUUGUCGACCUUGAUCUUUCCUAUUUCAACACGGGGAUGGUAGUCGACUUUGGUAUCUUCUCGCAACUCAAGGGGCUCAUGAAUCUUGACAUAAGUUAUUUGAACACCACCAACACUGUUGAUUUAAGUAUCAUAUUCUCACAUCUCAAGAACCUAUCUAGAUUGGAUCUAUCGGGGGAGCACGCCUCAACUUCAAAGAUGGGUUCAGUUUCCAAUCUACCAUCACACUUGGUUCGGUUGUACUUGUCAGGCUGUGGUAUCACAGAGUUUCCAAAAUUUAUAAGAAACCUACAACAGAUUUCUGACUUAGACCUCUCCAACAACAACAUCAAAGGUCAAGUGCCGCAAUGGGUAUGGAAACUACCAAUGUUGAUGAUCUUAAAUCUUUCCAGCAAUUCUUUUACUGGUCUCGAAAGAUCCUCAAAUGAUUCCUCAAGCGCAGAGAUUCUUAUGUUAGAUCUGAGUUCAAACUCGUUCCAAGGACCGUUAGUUAUCCCACCACUCUCUUCUACGGAAGCCUUGUUAGUCUCCAAAAACAACUUCACUGGAAAGAUCCCCCGAUCCAUAUGUCAGCUAAACUUUCUACAAACCCUUGAUUUAUCGAAUAACAACUUCACCGGCUCAAUUCCCCGGUGUUUAAGGAGUCUGAAUAAUUACCUUUCGGUACUUAACCUUCGAUAUAAUCAACUUAGAGGAAAUAUUCCAGAAAUAUUUACCAAUGCUACCGAGUUAAAUUCACUUGACGUCAGCCACAACAAAUUGGUGGGGAAACUUCCAAGGUCUUUAAAAAGCUGCUCUGGCCUAGGAGUUCUCAACGUGGGGAGUAACAGAAUGGACGACGCUUUUCCAUUCUGGUUGAAUUCUUUGCCUGAACUAAAAGUACUUGUACUCCGCAACAACAAAUUCAACGGACUCUUAUACCGUCAUCAUUAUCACUCUUUUGGGUUUCCCAAGCUACAAAUCGUUGACAUAUCCAACAAUCUCUUCACCGGGAACUUGCCAUCAUAUUACUUUGCAGGUUGGAACAUGACAACGAGUAAAGAUUUUUCAGGAUUUGACUACAUUGGAGAUGGAAGCUAUUACCAUGAUUCGAUGGUCUUGACGAGUAAAGGAGUAGAGAUGAAACUCGAACGGAUUUUUACACUCCUAACAGCCAUUGAUUUUUCUGAAAAUAGACUCCAAGGAAAGAUCCCUGAAUCUAUUGGUCUACUUAAGGAUCUUAUUGUGCUCAAUUUUUCAAGAAACAGUUUCAAUGACAGCAUCCCUUCAUCUUUGGCGAAUCUAACACAGCUCGAGUCUCUAGACUUAUCGCAUAACAAGCUUUCAGGUCAAAUUCCACCUUCUCUUGGGGACCUCACUAGUCUCUCCAACAUUACCAUGUCUCACAACAAGCUUGUCGGUCCAAUACCGCAAACUGCACAGUUUCAGACGCAGUUUGCUUCGUCUUUUGAAGAAAACCUUGGACUAUGUGGUCUUCCUCUUGACAAGAACUGCGGAGACGUGGACACCAAGAAAUCAAAAGAGCCAGAAGCAGAGGAAGAAGAAGAAGAUAGAGUUUUGAGCUGGACUGCAGCUGCCACUGGCUUUGCACCUGGAUUCAUUCUAGGAUUGACCAUUGGGUACAUCGUGAUUGCACUCAAGCCUCAAUGUUUCGUGAAGAAACAUAGACGCAGCGGAGCACGUUAGGUCAUUUCGCUUUUGAGAGAAGUUACGUAAUAUAAACCGUAGAUGGGAAGGAGGACGAAGAACAGAACAGCAGUUUGGUUUUAAGUGUUUGUGCUUUUGUGUUUUGAAAUCAGGCCCAACCAAAUUUUGUUUGCUAUCUAUAACUUUUUUUUUUGUA